UCCCAGAGAGAACAAGGCGUGCGGAGCUCCGAUCACCAGCAUCAUGCUCCUUGGGCUUGGAUCGUAGAUCCCCCUCUUUGAACAUUAAAAUAACUCUUUCGUCUUUCAGCGUCCCAAGCAGACCCAGAGAGAGAACACGCACGUGAGAGAGGAAAGAAAGAGGAGGAAGACGAAAAUCUGCAACCAAGGGGACUAAAGCAGAGAAAAAGAGUGCUUUGCUUGCACAGCUGCAAAGUGGGAAUUUAAAGAGCUGCAGAGAGAGAAAUUCCAGCUCAUCAGCACAUACACAUUGCAGAAUUACAGAUCCAGGUAGAAAUGACAUCAACAGGGAAAGAAGGCAGCGGAGCUCAACAUGCACAAUAUGUUGGACCCUAUCGUUUGGAGAAAACCCUAGGAAAAGGACAAACAGGGCUUGUGAAGUUGGGCGUUCACUGUGUCACGUGUCAGAAGGUCGCGAUAAAAAUUGUCAACAGAGAGAAGCUCAGUGAGUCGGUGCUAAUGAAGGUGGAGCGGGAAAUAGCCAUCCUGAAGUUGAUAGAACAUCCCCACGUUUUAAAGCUGCAUGAUGUUUACGAAAAUAAAAAAUAUUUGUAUUUGGUGCUAGAACAUGUGUCAGGUGGGGAGCUCUUCGACUAUCUCGUAAAAAAGGGAAGACUGACACCAAAAGAAGCCAGGAAGUUCUUCCGACAAAUCAUCUCUGCUUUAGACUUCUGCCAUAGUCAUUCAAUAUG